UCGAUGAACAUGUUGCAGCUCUUCCACAAUGUGCUUCAUGAAUAGGAUGAAUACAAAACAAUUAAUGCGUCAGUUCAAGCUGAGCAAAGUUCGAAAGUCCACUUCAAGAUGAAAUUCGUUCUGAUCUUGGCUUGCCUGGCGCUCUUUGUGGCCCACUCUCAGGCCCAGGUGGACGAUUGUCCUGGGGCUGUUUAUGAACCCCGACAAUCUUGCGUAGGCGGCAAAAAUGAGGGCAAUUCACGUACUCGCCAAUGCCGCAGAUAUUACAAUAAUAAUAUGUGGUAUUACGACAGCCGCAGUCGAUCCUGCAAGAAGAUGAUCUUCCGGGGUUGUGCGGGCAACGAUAAUCGAUAUUGCACUCGCGCAUCUUGUGAAAGGAAGUGUGUGCGUCGCACCGAAGGAUAACGAAAUUUUCCCAU